CUGUUAAGUGCCGAUAAUACAACUGGCACUAGUAAGCGCUCGUCUGUCCGGCGGUAGUUCCGGGUUCUGCCUUAACUUCUGCCGUGUUGUCCUCGUCCUAUGUUGUAGACAAAAAGGACAUUUUGGCACAUUUUAGGCAACCAUGGCUCUUCUAAUGGAGCACCAGUUCCGGCAACUUCCGGCCGACAAACAAGUGGAAACCCGGCCGUUUCUUGAGGCGGUGUCUCAUCUUCCGCCUUUCUUCGAUUGCCUUGGUUCUACAGUUUUUUCUCCCAUCAAGGCCGAUAUUGCGGGUAACAUAACUAAAAUCAAGGCCGUGUAUGACACUAAUCCCGGCAGAUUUAAAACCCUGCAAAACAUUUUGGAAGCAGAAAAAGACAUGCAUGGAGCCGAAUGGCCAAAAGUUGGAGCAACACUUGCCCUCAUGUGGCUGAAAAGGGGGUUACGCUUUAUCCAGGUUCUUCUGCAAAGCCUAGUGGAUGGAGAAAAGGAUGAAAACAAUCCUAAUCUCAUCAGAGUCAAUGUCACCAAGGCCUAUGAGAUUGCCUUGAAGAAAUAUCAUGGCUGGUUUGUUCAGAAGCUCUUCCAAGCAGCACUGUAUGCUGCUCCGUACAAAUCAGAUUUUAUCAAAGCGCUGUCUAAAGGACGAGAGGUUAAGGAUGAAGAAUGCUUGGAUAAAGUACGGCUGUUCUUAGUAAACUUCACGGCUACAAUUGACGCCAUCUAUGAAAUGUACACCAAGCUGAACGCAGAGUUGGACUACACUGUGUGAUCCAAAUUCAAACUUUAAACCUUCUGCUGUCCCAGAGGAUCGCUGUUGCCUCCCAAUAGACAAGUCUCUCCACUGCAGCGUUCUUUCUUUUUACUGGAUCUCUGUAAUUGAAGCUUUUGCUUUCUCUUGGGGGACAAUUAUGAUCCGAGCUGUGGAAGACUCUUGUGAUAUCUAAAGGGACAAUUUGUUUUGCCUGUCGUUGUUUGCCUUGAGCUGUUGUUGGUGUGAAUGUGUUUGCAUCCUUCAAAAAGUUGUGUUCUUAAAAACGAUGGGUUUUAAUGACUUUCACUAAUUAGAUUUCAUACACUUCGAGGAGAUGUGUAUGAGAUGGUUAUUUCAUUAUUUGUUUAAUCAAAUAGCGAACUAAAAAUGAGGGUUUUACCAAAACGAGCCUGCAGAUUUAAUAACCAAACAUCUGAUGUGAUAUUGUUUACUUUGGAUGUAUUUUAUAAAAAAAAAUACUUGAAUGUGACCUGCUGUUAAACAUCGAAUGUAGAGAAACUACUUCUUCAGAAGUAAUGGCAAAGGACCCGAAUUGAGUGGUGAUUUAUAUUUCGUAAAUCUCAUAUAUAGAUAUAAAUAUAUAAAUAUAUAAAUUUCUUUCCAUAUCAAUUCUACAAAAUAAUUUAUGAUGGCACAGGUUGUAAUAUUUAACUUGUCACUCCUAAAUUAUGAAAUAUUAAAUUCAUUUAUUUAUGUGAUUUUUUUUUAAUUCUAGUUGCAUUUUGGUUUUGACAUGGCAUUUUCUGACAUUAAAGGCUUCUCGUUUUUGUUUUACUUCCAACACUUUUGUUUGACCCUGUCGACAAGCAAAUGUUGAACAACAUUAAUUCCCUAAUGAUGUAAUAUGACUUAAUGAUGUAAGAUGCCUCCUGUUGCUGUCAUACAUUUUCAUGUCUGUCCCUACUGACCCCAAAGCUGCAACAAUUAUAUAUUUUACAGUAGAUGAAUGUUCACAGAACUUUCUUGAAAGGUUAUUUCAACCAGUGGUCUUUUUUCUAUUACUCCAAAUUGAAGAUUUUUUUCAAAAGCUGGCAUAGAGGACAUGAUUCUGAAACCUGUCAAAAGACUUACUGUGAUUGUAUGAUGCAUUCUGGUGCUGUUUUGUUUCCCACAUCUUAAAUGUGUAAAUUGACCUUUGUUAUGCGUAGUCUCUUUAAAAUCUAAUAAAAAUCAUGUUCUUGUGUAA